CACUUCGCAAGUUAUGGCAGCUUUAAUGGAGCUUUCAGAUGCCACCAUGCUCCACUCUUCUCUUCUGCUGUCAAACGACUCGACCGGCUACGAUUGCUGGGAUUUCAUCUCGGCAAACUCCACCAACCAAUCAGUGCUCGAAUAUUCUGAUCGCAUGGCGUUCGUUGAUGAAGGUUUGUUUGAAGAGCUGCAGCUACCGACAGUGAUUGCUCCGGUGGAAGUCACCGGGGAAUCCAGUGGAGACAGCACGAAACAUAGAGCGAUGCUAUGUGGGGGUGAGAUGAAGAGGAUGAAACUGGACGCCGGGUGUAGGAUUGGGUUUAGAAUGAAAUCCGCGGUGGAGAUACUGGAUGAUGGGUUCAAAUGGCGGAAGUAUGGAAAGAAGUCGGUGAAGAACAGCCCGAAUCCAAGGAAUUACUACCGCUGCUCCAGCCAGGGUUGUUCCGUAAAGAAGAGAGUGGAAAGAGACCCUGGAGAUUCAAACUAUGUGAUCACGACGUACGAGGGAGUACAUAACCACAUUAGCCCUGGUGCUGCAUCUUACAGUCGGUGCAUCUCUCUCUCUUCUUGAUCCCUCCAGAUAUAUAUAUAUAUAUGGUCAUAAGCUGCUAAUUCUUGGAACUGCCAUAAAUGGCGUCAUAUGAUCUACCAAUUGGAUAGCUACUACCUCCCCUUUUCUUCGACAUGCAUCUGUAUAUGCCUCGCAUUUCAAAGCAUGUAUCAGCACAAUCGAGCCAGACCCAACUCGCGGCACCCCCACCUAGAAGCAGACAUUUUGGCACGUCUAACGAGCAACGCCAGUCGGUACUCAACUUGAUCGUGAGACCCAGCCAAGCCUGUAAUGCGGUUGCAUCAACAUGAGCUCCUUUGAUAGCCACACACGGUUUACGGAGACUCAAAGCCAUUUGUAGUGUGACAAGUAUUUCAGAUGAAAUUUAACAGCUGAAAUAUAUGUAUCCACAGAGUACUCUAAAAAGUUCUUUUUUUCUUCUGUUGUUUUUUUCGACUCA